AUGGCCAACCUCCCCCCUGUCUAUAUCGUCUCUACGGCUCGCACGCCUAUCGGUUCUUUCCUUGGCUCUCUGUCAAGCCAGACCGCUGUUCAAUUGGGCUCUGUUGCUAUCAAGGGUGCUGUUGAGCGUGCUGGUAUUAAGCCUGAGGAUGUCGACGAGGUAUUCUUUGGCAAUGUCCUCUCUGCUGGUGUCGGUCAGGGCCCUGCCCGUCAGUGUGCCCUUGGUGCUGGCCUUCCCCAGACCGUUAUCGCUACCACCGUGAACAAGGUCUGCGCUUCAUCUCUCAAGGCCAUUAUCCUCGGUGCUCAGAACAUUAUGCUCGGCACCUCUGAUAUCGUUGUUGCUGGCGGAACCGAGUCCAUGUCCAACACUCCUCACUACCUCCCCAACCUCCGAAACGGUGCCAAGUACGGCGACCAAACACUCGUCGACGGCGUUCUCAAGGAUGGUCUGACCGACUCUUUCAAGAAGGACCACAUGGGUAUCGCUGCUGAGCUCUGUGUCCAAGACUACGAGCUCACCCGUGAGGAACAGGACGAGUACGCCAUCAACUCCUACAAGAAGGCCCAGGCUGCCACCGAGGCCGGUCUUUUCACCGAGAUCGUCCCCGUUGAGAUCCCUGGCGCUCGUGGCAAGCCUUCCACCAAGGUCGACCGCGACGACGAGGUCAAAAACCUGAACGUUGAGAAGCUCAAGGCCAUGCGUCCUGCUUUCAAGCCUGACGGCAGUGUCACUGCUCCCAACGCUGCCCCCAUCAACGACGGUGCUGCCGCUGUUGUUCUUGUCUCCGAGGCCAAGCUCAAGGAGCUUAACCUCAAGCCUGUCGCCAAGAUUCUUGGUUGGGGUGAUGCUGAGCGUGAGCCCGAGCGAUUCACCGUCGCUCCUGCUCUAGCCAUUCCCAAGGCCAUCAAGCAUGCCGGUUUGACCGCUGAUCAGGUUGAGUACUACGAGAUCAACGAGGCCUUCUCUGCUGUUGCCCUCGCUAAUGUCAAGAUCCUUGGUCUCAACCCCGACACCGUUAACGUUUACGGUGGCUCUGUUGCUAUUGGUCACCCUCUUGGCUGCUCUGGUGCUCGUAUUGUCACCACCCUCACCUCCGUGCUGAAGGAGAGGAAGGCCAAGAUUGGUGCUGUUGGUAUCUGCAACGGUGGCGGUGGCGCUUCUGCCAUGGUUAUCGAGAACCUGCAAUAA